AUGGCCGACAUCGAUGACGAUCUCCUUGAUCUCGCGGGAGGAGAUUCGGGGGAUGAGGGCUCUGUUAGCGAGAGUAGGGGACGGUCCGAGUCGCCGCGGCCGAGCAAGAAGUCGAAGCGCAGCGGUAGGCAGGACGAUUCCGACGAGGAUGGCGAGGCCAACUCUGACCCUGGAACACCAAACUCGCUCGAGUCCGCGCCGAUGGACGAGUCCGAUUCCGAAGACGAGCCGCAACGCGGGCGUGGUGGCGAUACCGAUGGCGACGGCAAGUACCCGGUCGAGGGCAUGUACAUCAGCCAUGCGGAGAAGGCGGAAAUCAUGGCGCUCCCCGAGCUGGAGCGAGAGCAGAUCAUCGCGGACCGCAUGACGGAGAUUGACCGGCAGAGGCAGAACCGGCUGCUGCGCCAGAUGGUGGAGAACGAGGAGCGUAAGCACGUCAAGAAGAAGAGGAGCGCCGACACGGCGGAGCUUGAGGACGCCGCCAGCCGCAAGACGUCGCGGCAGCGCACGGUAGGAGGCAAGGGCGAGACAGCCAUGGACUCGCUGCGCCGGGCGCGUGCAGAGAAGCAGAAGCGCAGGGAGGACGCCGAGCAGCGCCGCAGGGGUGGCUCAUACUCGCCCGAUGGCAGGCGGUCGCCAGACGACAACGAAAGUGACGUCGGAGGCAGGGACGACAGUCGAACCCCCGAGGCCGAAGGCGAGCGCAAGACCCCUCCCGCGGAGCUGCGCGACUACGAUCGCGUACGCCUGGGCAGAAACGAGUUCGCCCAGGUCUGCCUGACCCCGGGCUUCGAGGCCUCCAUCACCGGCUGCUAUAUCCGUAUCGCGCUCGGCCCUCACCCGGAGACGGGUAUCGAGCAGUACCGCAUGGCCGUCAUCAAGGGCUUCACCACCGGGAAGCCUUAUGCUCUGAACGGACCUAACGGGAGCUUCAUCACGGAUCAGUAUGCCCGUGCGGCGCAUGGCAAGGCCGUCAAGGAGUUCCCUUUCAUUGCCGCCUCGAGCGGGAAGUUUACAGAGAGUGAGCUCAACCGAUACACGGUGGCUUGCCACAAUGAAGGCGUGACAUUGCCCACGAAGGCAUACCUAUCCGACAAGAUUGACGACAUUAACGGGCUCAUCAACCACCGCUGGACCAAUGAGGAGAUCAAGGCCAGGCUGGCGCGCAAGAACGAGCUGAGGAAGCGUUUCGACCCGGCGGAGCGGGAGCGUGUGGCCCGGCUGCUGGAGGAGGCGCGCGAGGCGGGAGACGACGCCCGGAUGGAGGAGCUGCAGGAGCAGCUGGACAAGAUGGGCUCCCAGCGGCUGGCCUUCCGGACGAGCCUCUCGCAGCCCAACAAGAGCUCGGGGUCGGGGACCGACGCAGCGGUCAAGCGUCAAUCAGAGCAGGACCGGCUGGCCGAACGCAACCGUGAGAACCGCCGGCUCAACGCCGAGGCCGUCCGCAAGGCACAGCUCAAGGAAAGGGCUAGGUCGCGCGGCAUCGAAAAGGCCAUCCAGCGCGGCGAGCUGGUCGAGGACGACCCGUCGAGGCGCGUCAAGACAAAGGCCAAGUUCAUACACGACAUCAACGACCCGAUACCUGGCAGCGAGAAGAAAUCGGCCGACGGCGACAGCGGUGCCAGCACACCCGCCAACGGGACGCCCAAGGCCAUCACCAAGUCGAUGCCCGCGCACCUCGCCAAGCUGCACCUCGAGAAGCACUCGGAGAAUAAGGGCCUGCCGACUGUCCACAAGCCUCUCAUGGAUGACGAUAUUAUUGGGGCUCUCGACUUGGACAUUGAUGUUGAAAUAUAA